GAACUUCGUCUAAAUUUGUGCGUUUUUUUGGGGGGAAAAGGCAGAAGGUAGAUCAAUGGAUGCUUCAGUCAAAGAGGAGUAUGCUCGUGUUUCGCAUCCCAAUCGCCAGCGUGAAUUGGCCAAGAAGCGUCUUCUCUUCUGGGCAGGACGUCUACAGAUGAUGCCUCACGAGGUGGAAGGGAUGUCUGAUGGGGAGCUCAACCUUAGGUUUGAAAACGUAAAGAGGAAGGAAGCAGCAUUUGAGCAGCGAAAAAUUGACUUUGAGCGCUGGGCAGAACUCAACCAGUUGAGAUACCUCAUGUACGAAGAGCAGAGAAAGUACAAUGAGCGUUACGGACACGGUGGACCCUCCAUCUGGCGCAUCCUGGCCAUGGCCCAGCAGGAUCUGGAGGAGAAGCUCCAAAUAGAUCAACUGCGAGGAAGUUGCCAGCGUUUUCCCUCACCCAUGUCUCUAAUGGAAGAACGACAUAGUGGCGGAAGGCAACGGUUUCUGGAACCAGUGAGAUCUAGCCUAUGUGGCUGUAUUUCUGAUUCAGAUGAUGAUCUGGAACUGAGAACUGAUCCCAACUCAGAAAGAUAUAAAGAUAGCUUAUUACCCUUUUUCAACGAAUAUUGCAAUCCUCAUGCGAAAAGCGAAGACUCCUUCAAAAGUAAUGGGGAAUCUUCAAAUCUGGGCUUUUGUCCUCUCUGCAACAAGAAACACCUGCGCUUGCCACCUCCUUUCUGAUCAGGGAAAUAAAUCAAAAGGGUAGACCUGUAAUAAGCCC